AUGGGUCUCGGGGUCUUCGCAGCCACGGAACUCUUGGAGGGCGCUAUGCUUGACCAGUAUUUAGGCGAGCUGAUUCCGACAACGUUGGCAGAAACUAGAGACGACGACGCCUACUUAUUCAAUAUAAGGGGUACUCGAGCUAGUUCGACCGCCAAGGAAUACGGGAACUGGACACGUUUUGUGAACCACCGCUGUCGGACAUACAAUGUCGAGGCGGUAAGCGCCAUCUGCGGGGGUAGGAGGACCAUCACGUUUCGGGCAUUGAGGAAUAUACCUCAAGGAGAGCAGUUGUUCAUUGACUACGGGCCGGAUUACUUUGGUGACAAGGAAAAUUUUAUUCUCUGCCGAUGCGCAGAUACUCGGGGUGCACAUCUUCCCCCAGGAAGCAGGGGUCCAAAACGAAAGGCGGGCGAUGACGACCCUGACGACUCGACCAUUGGAGGCAGAGUGAAGAAACGACGAAGAACAGAACAGAGAUCUGAUUUGACAAUAGCCGAGCAAGAUUCCUGGAUCGUUCGACAGAAAGAGUGGCUAGGCCAGCAAGCACCCAAUGGGUCCCAACAUUGGACGAUCUUGCACUGGCGCCUCCUUGAGCAGCUCAUCCGACAACGUCGGCAUACUCAGGACUGGCGAGACUCGCGCGAGUUCGGGAAGCUAAGUUCCGCCCGAGGCGACGGGUUGAUCAACAGGCAAGUCACCAUGGCGGUGACGGAUGUCCAGGGUAGGCAAAGGAACGCAGAGAUGACGAUCAAGGAGUGGCACAUCGACGUUACCAACGCAUUCGCCAGGGACCCAGUGUGCGGCACCAGGGAGGGCGUCGCAUGGGGCAAGCAGGAGCUUCUGAAGAGGAUUUUUGCGCUUGUCGUAUCAGCCAGGCGGAGAAGACGGAGGGCCGCACGGAACAGGUAG